UAAGAGGCAAACGACGUCGUGAAUCGUCGUCGUACUCGAAUCGAUCCUGUUGUAUGGAUUUUUUUCCUUCUUCUAUUCUUGUUUUUUUUUGUGUAUAAUAUUUUUAUUGAUUACUCGUCUCGGAGCGCGUUUCUCGCGCGCCCAUACAGUCACGCAUGUGCACACAUGCUUGCCGCGCCGCUAUACGGUUAUACACAGGCAGUCAUUCGCUCGUCGUCGCGCGCGCUGUGAUUCUCCGCUGCCUAUUUCCGACGUGUAUAGAAGCAAAAACCUCGUGCGCUGCUGCACAGUGCACACGGAGCAGUAGAUAGAUACUUGAUCGUGCGAGUUAUGAGUUGCUGAUCGAGUGAAUCUUCGACGCCGUUGUUAUUGUUACGGAUGGCGGUGUGAUCGUUUCGUCGUCGUGUGACGUUGCAGCUCUUUAGUAAUAUUUUCUAUAUUACUUAUUUAUCACAAUACAUGUGUGUGCAACCGUAGUAAUUAAUUGUCAAAAAUGACCCUCGAUCUCGAGACACAGAUCGAUCAGCCCGAGCAGGCUGUCCCGGAAUUAGUUAAACCAAGUAGAACACCGAGUCUUCCCAAAGUUAUAAGUGACAAAAUAACAGACGAUGGUGGAACCUAUGACACAAAUGUUAAACACUUGUUGCAACCUGGGAAUGAAAAUGAUCUUUGCACUUGGUUAAAAGAUAUGAGACUCAUUCGAUCGUCUAUGAAUUGCCCAACAGAAGGUUGCAACGAAAAGCCAUUACUGUGGAGAACUGUCAGACAGGUUGAUAAAUAUGGUUGGACUUGUAAUGAUUGUAAGAAGCGCCAAGCACUCAGAGAUGGUUCAAUAUUUCAACAAGCCAAAUGUGAUUUGAAACAUUGUAUACAAAUGAUUGUUGCUUGGUGUAUGGAUAUUCCUUAUGAAACUGUUGCUUCUUAUUUAGACACCAAACAGCAUUUUGUUAGGAAAGUUUAUGAAAUUUUAACACAAGUAACUGAGCAGUAUGUCGAAGCACAUUCAAAUGAAUGGUUACUUGGUGGUGUACCACCAAAUAUUUUAAUAGUAGAUGAGUUUCCCACUGGUUGCAUGACAGAAAAUCAAAUUGAUGUUCCAAAGACCAAAAAGCGAAACAACCAAAACCACACUGUUUUAUGCAUUACUGAGGUUUCUCAAGUUCCCCCUCGUAUGUGGAUGCGCAUUUUGGGCACCAAGUCUGAGAAAACUUUGAAAACUCAAGAAAUUCUAAAACAGUAUGGAAUGGUUGAAGAAGCUUUAAAUGAAAUAGGUACUCACUCUGCACCAGGAAGUACUUUAAUAGCUAACAGGAGAGCUAGAUAUUGCAAUUAUGAAAAUGUUAAGGAAUUGAAAGGGUUCAAAGUAAUUGGUAUUGAAGAACUACAAAUACAUGAUCCUCCAGAAAAAAAUGAACUUUUCUCUAAUUUAGAGACUAUAUGGCAAACUGGACUUGGGAUUUGUGAGGACAUACAAAGUUUAGCACAAGAUAAUGCAGUUCGAGAUCUUCAUGAAUAUUUAUGGAGACAAAGAUUUGCUAAAACAACUGCCCAAGCUUUUAACUCUAUACUGCAACAUAUUACAGAAUUUUAUCAAUUCUCAUCAGAUUCAGUUUUAAGUAGUUGAUACUGUUAAAAAAAAAGAACUUAUUAGUAUGUAGUUAAAAAAGAUAUAUUUUUAGAGAAUUUUAAACUCUACUGACAUGAAGUCUUCCAUAGUAUUUUUAUACACAUCGCACAUAUAAACUUCACAAGUGCCUUAACGUUGAAGAUAUUUGUAGUACUGUAAACUUUAUUUAAUUGAAUCUAAACAAAAUAAUCUAAACAAAAUAAGUGAUGUAAAUAUGAUAUGAACAGGGGUUCAUUGGUUACAAAUAUUAAAUUUAAAUGUUUAGAUAAUGGUAACAGA